AUGAUUUUCUGCCGUUCCUUGGCAAAAAUGGCAACUGGUGAUGCUGUUCUGAAGAGAUUGGAGCAGAAGGGUGCAGAAGCAGAUCAAAUUAUUGAAUAUCUUAAGCAGCAAGUUGCUCUUCUUAAGGAGAAAGCAAUUUUGCAGGCAACUUUGAGAGAAGAGAAGAAACUUCGAGUUGAAAAUGCUAAAUUGAAGAAAGAAAUUGAAGGAUUGAAACAAGAGCUAGUUAAGGCAGAAAUUCAAAAUGGAGUAAAACAAAUACCAUUUCCAUCUGGUACUCCACUAAAAACUGAUUCUACAGUUUCUGAAAAUGAGAUACAAUCUAUACCAAUAACAACCGUAUCUUCUGGUGCUAAAGAGCAAGUAAAAGGAGGAGGAGAAGAAGAAAAGAAGAUGAAAGAGAAAGCUGAAAAGAAAGGAGAGAAAAAGGAGAAAAAACAGCAACCAGUAGCAGGAAGUGCUGACUCUAAGCCUGUUGAUGUUUCCCAUCUGGAUCUUCGAAUUGGUUGUAUCAUCACUGCCAGAAAACACCCUGAUGCAGAUUCUUUGUAUGUAGAAGAAGUAGAUGUUGGAGAGAACCCAAGAACGGUGGUCAGUGGCCUGGUGAAUCAUGUUGCUCUUGAACAGAUGCAAAAUCGGAUGGUGGUUUUACUUUGUAACCUGAAACCUGCAAAGAUGAGGGGAGUAGUAUCUCAGGCAAUGGUGAUGUGUGCAAGUUCACCAGAGAAAGUAGAAAUCUUGGCACCUCCUGAUGGAUCUGUUCCUGGGGACAGAAUUACUUUUGAUGCUUUCCCUGGAGAGCCCGACAAGGAGCUGAAUCCUAAGAAGAAGAUUUGGGAGCAGAUCCAGCCUGAUCUUUACACUAAUGAUGUAUGCGUGGCUACAUACAAAGGCGCUCCCUUUGAGGUGAAAGGGAAGGGAGUGUGUAGGGCUCAAACUAUGGCCAACAGUGGAAUAAAAUAA